CACAGACACCACUCCUCCCUCUCCCGUACCUGAUAGCUGUCUAAUCUUUGCGGGGAAGGAGGGCAAACAUGGACGGCCGAGAUGGCAGUGGCGGCAAUCGCGUCGCCGUCAACGUCCUCGGGACCAUGGGAGCAGUAUUCUGGUCCAUCCAACUUCUCCCCCAGCUGUACAUCAAUUGGCGCAAAAAGGACACAACAGGGCUGCAGCCCUCGAUGAUGCUCCUAUGGGCCUUUGCCGGUCUCCCCUUGGGCGUGCAUAACAUUCUUGCAGACGAAAAUGUGGCUCUUCAGGUUCAGGCCCAGAUCUUGACGUUGCUGAGCCUCUUGACCUGGUCACAGGUCAUGUUCUAUGGUCAUAAAUGGUCGCUGAGCAAAUCGACCAUCGUGGUUCUGCUCAUUGCCCUUGCCUUUGGCGCCGUCGAGGCUGCCAUCGUCUGUGGCAUCAAGUACGGAACGAAGGAGCAAGUGCCGAAAUGGACCUUGGACCUCUUUGCGUCCCUUGCCGCGGCCGGUCUCGGCAUGGGUGUCCUACGACACUACUAUGAUAUCUACACUCAUCGUAGCGUUCGCGGCAUUUCGUUCUUCUUCGUGGGGCUCGACGCCGCUGGAGACUUGACUAGUCUCAUCAGUGUCGGUGAGUCAUCCCUCCCCUCAAUUUCUCGACCCUGAAGGAAACAGUUGCGACGAUUGAAUCGAGGUGUUGCUGAAACUGUCCGUCUGCGUCAGUAUUGGACAGGCCAAUCUCUGCGGCAGCGGUCGCCAUCUACGGAACAGAGCUCCUCCUUUGGAUUGGUGUCAUGUUGGCCGGAAUUAUCUUUAAUCUUCGCCAUUGGAUCGGUGGCAAAGGGGAUCAG